CCCUAAAUUGUUGAGUAACUCUUACAAUAUGGAGAUUCCCAUUUAAAAAUUAAAAUGGUUUAUUUUUGUUGUACGGUGAGAUGCACAAUAGGAAAUAAAUGCCUUUAACGAAAACACAUCCUCCUUGGGUCCCCAGAGACACAGUAAUAUUAGUAUAUGGGAAAGAUUCCCUAAACAAAGUUUGAUCAAUUCGACCCUCUUUACACUUUCUUCCUUGGUUCGAGUGCAAUCCAACUUUGUCGAAAAAAAAAAAACCCAAUUCCCUUCUUCUUCCCGAAAACACAACCACCCUUUAAGGCUUUAACUGAUGAUGAGGAAAUAGCACGGAAAAACUGAAGGAAAAAAGGAGUACGAAAAUCAGCAGAAAAAUCAGAAUUAGUCAUCAAAGAUUCAAUCUUGGUGAGCCUUCGGCUUUGACCCUCUUUCAAUCUUCAAUCAUGGCAGAAGAACAAAUUAUAGGAGAACAACCGCCCACACCCAAUUCAAUCCCUUCAACUUCAUCAUCUUCGGACCAUCAAAAUUCAGCAAACGCAUCCUCCAUGAUUCUGUUAAGGAUUAUGAGCAAAAGAAGAACAUGGGUGUGCUUAUUCGUUGGUGUUUACACGGUUUUGUUGUCGCUGUCUUGGAAUUUCCUUAAAUCGGUCCUUUCUUGGUACGAAUCCACCUUGAUUGACUCGUCAUCUUCAUCGGGUUCGGUUUAUUCGGGUUGGUCUGCUCUGUAUGCAUCGGUGGUUCUAGGGGUGGCGUUUGGGAUACUCUCUAUGGUGGCGGCUCUGGCCGUGGCGGUUCCGGCAACUCUGGUGACGUGGAUUACGGUGCUUGUUUUAUUGACGUUUUUUGGGAAGCCCAGAAGGGCUUUGGUGACGGAAGGCAAGAAAUUGACUGCUGAUAUUACCGGGUUUGUGGUUAAGGUUCUGAUUAAAGAAGGGAAUAUUGUGGCUGCACUUUGUGCUGUUCUUGGCUACUUUGUAUUUGUGAGGAACAGCAGAGAUAAUAAUACUGGUAGUCUUGGGAGUGACUAAUUAGGUCAGGUAUUCGUUUGUUUUAUUUUAGUUCAUCAUCAAGUAUGAUAGCAUGUGUACAGUGUGUAUAUAUGCAGUUUCUUGAGGGUUAUUUGAUGGUUCUGUUUCAUUUGUAAUCUGGCCGAGGCUUCUCAGUUUUGGGGUAAAAAGAUGGAAACUUUACAGUGGUUUGAGAUCGAAAUUGCUUUUGAUUGGGUGGGAUUUUUUUGGACGAGGAACAAAUGAAGGCCCUAUCCAAACUGGAAAUGAGAUUAGUUCUAAUAUUUACACUUUCUUUAAUCUGUCUUUUGAUGUUAGAACUUGAAAGUGGUUCGAAGCUGAAAAUUUUGUAGCCCUUUUGAAUGUUGUAAUCUUCUGACAUACCAUGUAAGUUCCUUCAUGAAUUUGUUGUUGAAUUGGUAUAAUGUUUAUUAGCAGAGACUUGUAAUUUUUGGCUGGCUUGAAUGUCCAAUUCUGUUAGUUUGGAGUGGGAGCAAGCUUGAAAUUGCUUGGCGAUUUCAGAUAUGUCAACCUUCCCUCAGAAUUCAUCACAUCAUGGGUCACCCCUCAUUUUACAUUUGGCCACAUAAUAUAAUUCAUUUCUGAGUUUGGUGUCGUGCGGUAGAUAUUUGGUUAAGAUUCACAUUUAUUUUGUUUUAAGAGAUGUCCUUCCACAUUAGGGAAACAAACAUUCCUCAUUUGUGUUGUAUCACUUACUUUUGAGUUAGAUUCGUAUAUAUCUCAAAUUGGUAUCCUUUCUUAAUAAUUGUCAUUUUAAUGUGAUUGUACCACAAAUAAAAUAAUCAUUUUGAGAUGGGAAAAAUAAC